AUGUCAGCAGAAGACAAUAAUCAACAACAACAACCAAGAUUACCUUUAAAAGAUGUACCUGAUGAAAUUCAACAGAAAAUUAUUGAACUUGGAGGAAAUCCUAAUCUUAAUCUUUAUAAAACUUUAUCAUCUAAUCCAAUAUUACUUUCAUCUUGGAUAGAUAUUGCUUAUUCAUUACGAAAUAAUUGUACAACAUCACGACAACUUCGUGAAUUAAUGAUUCUUCGUGGUGCACAACUUUGGCAUUCAAAUUAUGAAUGGUUUCAACAUGAACAAAUGGCAAAACAAUGUGGUUUAUCACAAGAAAAAAUUGAUUCAAUUAAAGAAUGGAAAACAAGUUCUCUUUUUGAUGGCAAAGAAAAAAUAGCAAUUCAAUUAAUGGAAUCAUUGAUUGAAAAUCGAGGAAAAUUAAAUGAUGAAUUAGAUAAACAAUUAAAAAAAUAUUUUACAGAAGCUGAAUAUUUGGAAUUGAUUUUAACAGGAAGUUUCUAUGUAAUGGUUCCAACAGUAUUAACAGCAUUACAAAUUCAAACUGAAAAUUAA